CAGCAGCAGUGGAUGCUCUCAGAGCGGAGAACAGCGGUGCUGCUGCUGCAGGAGGAGAACACUGUAACCAGCUCCUCCUCCUCCCUUUCCUUUCCUUCCUCUAUCGGAACAGAUUCAGUCUGGACUUCUGGAUCCAAGCUGAAACUUGUGAGUCCAGAGGAGGAACUUUCGGCUCGGCAUGGCGUCUCUGCUGAACUCCGCCUGCCUCAUCUUCUUUCCUGUUGCUCUGCUUCUCACAUUGAGCCCGUGUCCUGUCUCUGCAGCCUCAACCACAAGGUGUCACUCCAUCUACAAAGGCUUUGCUCAGUGUCUGAUGGCUCUGGGCGAAAGUUUGACCAACACCGCCCACAAGGAGGAGGAAACCCACGAGAUACACUUCAUCUGCAGGUCUUGGGAUGAGUUUCAUGACUGUGCUAACGCUGUGAUGGUUGGCUGUCCAGAGGAAGCGGCAGCUGUAUGGGAGUCUCUUCGCCAGGAAUCCAAGAAGAUGCAGUUCUCUGGAAACCUUUAUGACAUGUGUUCCAACCGAAACAGCCACCCAGCAGACUCCAUCUCCCUGAACCAGGAAGAGAUCAACCAGGAAUCUCUAAGAGGAUGUGCGGUGCAUCUUGCCGGCUGCCUCCAUCUUCUCCUGCUACCGGCUCAUCUCCUACUGAUGCUAUUUUGGAUAUAGCUGCCCUGAAGAAAUGGGAUUAGUGUAAAUAGAAAAAAAACUUUGUGUAAUAUUCCAUUUCCCAAAUCCAUAGACUUUCCUUCUGCUUUUUCCUCUGCUCUGCCAGAGGUUGCAUAUUUGUAACUGCAUGCUGAGAUGGCCAAAUGGUCCUUUUGAUAACAAAUAUCUUAACUCCAUUUCUGUUUCAUUAUUACUCUCUACCAUUAAUAAGUUGAUCUAUUGGAAAUGCUCUGUACCUCUCUAGAAACAGCACAGCAGAUACACUUUUAGAGAUCAACAGUAAAGCCACUUGUCUGUUUUUAUGCCCUUACACCUUGAAAAUUAAAUUGUAAGUUUGCAUGUAAUGAUUCCAAAAAAGUUCCUACAUGUGAUUAGAUACGUAUAACAACAAAAUCACAAGCAGCACAUUAAUAUUACAAAGGAUUUAUGAGAUGUACUCAAUUGUUUGCAGAAGUUUAAGACUAAAUUUGUGUUCUUGUCCUUAAAAGUGUAGUUUCUGAGCUCCAAAUAUUGACUGCAUCAAGGAUCUGUAUUUUUCACCAAAUUGUGGAAAGAAUUAGUAAGGGCAAGUAUAUGUCCAACCGCAGUUGAAAAUAAAAAGUUGGUCCUUUGAAAUAAACAACUGGUGGAACUGACUUUAUAAUUAAGGAAAAAAAUUUUUUUGCAGGACACAAAGAGAAUACUAAAGCAAAGACUAAAGAAUGCUGAAUAAUAAUUAAAAAACAUAAAAAAGAAUAGUUAAGCAAGAAGUGAUUCAAAGGUGAUACAAAUCUUAAGAGCAAACAUAGAAUAACAUAAAUCAAAGUAUACCUGAAAACCCAAAGUGAAAACUUGAACAGCACCUAAAAGCAGCCGAUUAUGACAGUAAUCUGGUUGUAAGGAGGGUGAGAAAUGCUAACCCUAACCCACGAAGAGGCGGUGCAGCUUGAGACCCACAAAGAGAUCCCUCUAUAGACUCACCAAGGGGGUGAUGGUGAGGAACGCACAUCGACUUGGAGACAAGAAGCUCUCACGGAGGGGCC